AUGGCCAAAUAUUAUUCUGAGAAAUCCCCAACAGCUCUUACUAUCCUUGCCAUUGACAAAGACCCCGAAGUUCUUGAACUCAUCAAGAAAGGAUGCAACAAAUAUUCUUACGAAGUAAUGACAUUCACUGAUACCCUUCCUGCUGUGGAUGUUUUGCGGGGAAACCGAGAUGACUUUAACUUGAUACUCAUGGACCUUCAUAUGCCAGGGAUGGACGGCUAUGAAUUCCUAAGAUUUGUCAGAAGGGAGGAAUUUUUUGCUCCUGUAAUCGUGAUGUCUUCGGAAGAGAAUAGGCUUUCUGCAGGGAUGGCUUUUCUUCUUGGAGCUUGUGAUUAUUGGGUUAAGCCUUUGGGUGAGUAUCUGUUCCAGACUGUGUGGACACAUGUUUAUAGGAAGUACUUGAAUGAAAAGAGGAAGCAAAAAGAUAAUGAGAAGUUGGAAGAUGAUAAUCAGAAAAGAGAGACGAAUGAGGAUGCUGUAGUUGUUUCUUCUGUUGGUGAAACACCUUCCAGUGAAGAUGGUGAUGUUAUUGAAUCAAAUAAGAGUGGUCCUGUUAACCCACAGUUACCAUCAGCGGGCUCAUCCAGGCCUCAAAGACGGACCAAAACCAAAAAUCGCAAAGGGAAGUAG